GGGUUGAAGAAUAUACUGUCACUCAAUACGAUUUUAUAUAACUCGCUACUAUAACUUUUUAGAUAAAACUAUCGAGUUUAUUUUGAGUUGUAACAUUAACACAUUACAGAAAUAUGUAAAUUGAAACUAAACAUUGCGGUAUACAUUAUUAAAAACAUUUACCUCUGGUCAAACCCCUUUUUCAGCCAACAACUGGUUCGCCAGCUAAGUAGAAUCACAUGAUACCUUUUAUGUCAUAUGACAAACGAACCGAUGUGGAGUUGCUCUGUGGUUCAGCCGUGACACUAGCGCGGAGAAAUCAGAGAGAUGAACACUGAUGAAGGCUGUGUUCUCCCUCAUCCGCAGUGAUCGGACAAAUAUGCGGAACAUGGGACGAAAUCUGGAGACGUUCGCCGUGGUUACCGCCGUUUGCUUUAUAGGUGUGGUGGUUGGCCAGACCACGCUCGCCCCCGCCGUGACGAACUCCACGGUGGACGCGAACGUGACGAUGACCACGCCCGUCACGCUCACCCCCACCGUCUCCGCCUGCUCUGCCUUCAACGUGUCCACCUGUGAGGUGUGCUCCCCAGGAUCCUACUAUGACAACGAAACGCUGCUGUGCUCGUGCUGCCCGGAGUCGGGCCUGUGCCUGCAGCCCGAGGCCUGCCCGGCCUGUGAGAGGGGAUUCUACCAGCCGCUCAGCGGCCAGCUGCACUGCCUGCCCUGCCGACAGGGCUCCUACAGCAAUGUUACAGGUAGCAGUACAUGCCAGUCCUGCCCAGCUGGAUCCUUUGCUAACACCACAGGGUCAGAGACCUGCAGAAACUGCUCCGCAGGCUUUUACUCGUUGGGGCCAAAUGCCACUUCCUGUGAGCCGUGUCCACAGGGAACGUUCUGCAAUUCCUCCAGGUGUCCCAUGUGCCAGCUCUGCCCCGUGGGCACGGAGACCCUGCAGGCCGCCUCCAAAGACUGCACGCCCUGUCGCCCAGGCAUGCACAAGGCCGCCCGCCAAACCAUGUGCCAGAUCUGCACCAGCGGCUUCUACCAGAUCCGCUGGGGGCAGGAGUCCUGCAACAUCUGCCCCGAGAAUCACUACUGCCCCAGUCCGGAUGUGAACCCCAUCCAGUGCCCCAACGAUGCCUUCUGUCCCGAGGGCAGCAUCGCCCCGGGGUACUGCAUGGAGACCUUCUUCCGAAAGGCGGGGGAGAACUGUGAGCUGGCCCCCGUCACCAUCGCCCUGCUGGUCAUCGCAGGCGGAAUUCUGGUGCUGAUGGCGGUGCUGCUGGUGCUGCGGAGGAGGCGGGACUCGGACGGGGAGCUGUCGCUGUCGCGGGCGCCGCUGCUGCAGAAGGACCGCCCCCCCAGCCGCUUCUACGCCAUGCCCGGCGAAUCAGAGCCCGUCUACGCCGGCUGGUAACGCCCUGCCGCGGUGCUACUGGACUCUCUGCUGGACAAACUGUUUACUCUCAUACACACACACACACACACACACACUCAUGCACACACACUCACACACACAUACACACUCAUACACACACACACACACACCUUCUCUCUCUCUUACACACACACUCACACACUCAUACACACACACAUACACACUCAUACACACACACACACACACACACACACACAUACACACUCAUACACACACACACACACACACACACACACACAUGCACACACACUCAUACUGUACACACACACACCUUCUCUCUCUCUUACACACACACACUCACACACUCAUAUACUGUACACACACACACCUUCUCUCUCUCUUACACACACACACACACACACACACACACACACCUUCUCUCUCUCUUACACACACACUCACACACUCAUACACACACCUUCUCACACACACAUAUACUCUCACAAACACUACACACACACAGACACUCACACCCUCUCAAUCACACUCUCACACACGCUACACACGUACACAACACGGAACACUCUCUGGAGCCCCUUCCAAACCUCUGGGACACAGGACCCCAAGAUCCUCUCGCUGUUUAUUUUUUUUGGUUCUCUCCCUCCCCCUCGCCAGGGACGCUGUGGUGCAACGUCUUCAGUUUUUGUUUUGUUUUUCCCCUCGAACCGGGACCUUACGGAGUCGACGUACACACCUGCGCCUCGCUGCUGUGCCCCAAGGACUAAUUCGGUCGCCCAGUGCAGGUGUUCCCGGGGGCAUGGUCCGUCACAUGCUCUCGAGUGGCCUGCCAGCCCCCCCCCCCCAGCCCCUCCCCCCCCCGUGGGGUGCGCCCUCCGCCAAACGGUUACUUGGCGGUAAUAAAGUCAGCGGGACUCUUCUCCCUGCUCCUCGCGUUCCUGUCGUUCUGUCUGUGGUUCUUUUAGCCUUCCUCUCUUCCUCAGGUUUUAUUCUCCUCUAAUGUGAGGGUUUACACACUUUCCGCGUGUUAUAACAGCACAUGACACACACUUUCCGAGUGUUAUAAUGUUACAUAAGACUUGCAUAAGCACUGGGAACGUUCAUUAAAAAAAAAAAAAAAAACUUCUGCUAUGUUGACAGGCCUCAGAGGGUGCAUUAUGUCAUAACCUGUAUCAUAAGUGAAGUUACCAUGAUGUAGCGCCCUGUCUGUCUGUUGGUAUGAGUGUUUAUGACCGUGUAUUUAGCGCUUAUGAAGGUAAUACGCAGUGCUUGUAAGUCUUUAUAUAAUUUUUUCAAAGGACCCUCCUUAAAUCACAUGACAAAAUGUUGUUCAUAUUAAUUCCUUCGAGUUCUAACUUUGCACCGUUGAGCUUGUGGCUGUUUUUGACAUUCAUGUUGUGAAUAUUUGUUGCUUAAAUGUCCACUUAUUCUUCAAGUGUUGAUCUGUUUGCUGAGGCGGCUUGUUGAUUUGUCUGUGUUUAACGUGCAUCGCCCAUGUCUAUGUUCCGUAUUAAGAUACUUUGAUUUGUUUUAUUUAACAAAGGACAAAGCUGACACUGUGUUCAAAAUUAAUAAGGAAAAAAGAAACUUGGCUGGAUGUUGAACUGAAACCUGACCUUGCACUAUUUCCAUGUAAAAACCAAUUGCGUAUAUAAAAUGUUUCCCUUGAA